AUGUUCUGGGGUAGCCAACCGUCCAAAGAUCCCAGCAGUUCUUCGCCUGAUGCGGACAAGCCCAUCCCGAGAGCAAAGCUGCCCGCAGAACUGCAGCAGAUUGUCGACCGAGAUGAUUACUACGAUGACCUCUACUCUCCAUACUCCGUUGAUUCAACAGAAUCCCCAGUCCGUUACGCCGCCUAUGCGCAGCGCAUCCGCACUAUCCUCCUCUCCGCCCACCGCUAUGUCGCCUACACCUCCGACAUUGGCGAGUCAUUCCGGCCCGUCGCGCAUCCCUGGCUGGUUCGGUCCGCCUACGGCAUUUCAUGGGCCUAUCUGAUUGGCGACGUCAGCCAUGAAGGCUACAAAGCGUAUCUGCGCAAUCGUCGCGCGCUGACACCCCCGGGGGAUGCCCACAAAGAUGCCAGUGACAUUCCAUCCGAGCAAGUCAUCCGGGGUAUGGCGACGGGAAACAUUCGCGGACCCUUGUCGACCGAAGAGGUAGUCUCGCGCGACAAGGAUUCCUUUACAGUGCCCUGGUCUGAAACCCAGAUCUCUUUGGCGGAGGAUUAUCGUAUGGUCAUGGCAAAGCGGGCGAUCUUCCAGAGUAUCGCCAGUAUGGGCUUGCCCGCUUUUACCAUCCACAGCGUGGUGCGAUAUUCCGGGCGCGCCGUGAAGAAUGCGAAGAACCCGAUGUUCCGCACGUGGUUCCCCAUCGGUCUCGGUCUUGCCGUCGUCCCAUUCCUCCCAUACCUCUUCGACCACCCGGUUGAAGAAGCCGUUGAUUGGGCCUUUGGCACCGGUCUUCGCAUGUAUGGCGGCGAGGAUGCAGUCCGUCCUCUUCCCAGCCACGCCCUGCCUUCUCCACCCGCCACCCAAGAACCCGAAAGCGUCUCGACCGCCGCUCAGCUGUCAUGGGAACAACACAAGGAGGAACGCGAAAAUAACGGGAGCAGCGGUUCCAUCUCACGCUGGCUCGGAGGCUGGUCCUCGGGCUCCGGGUCGGAGAAGUCGAAGAAGGACUAG